AGAAGAAGACGACGAUACUCUCUCUCUUCAUCUUCACCGCUUCGUCAUCAUCAUCUUCAUUCAUCUCUCUCAUAAACACACAUUCUCUUCUCCACUCGAUAUGGAUGAUAUUGAUAUUGAUACUCCAUUACUAUCCAAGCGUCCUUGUUGUUCAUCACCAGAUCUCAUCGCAAAACCUCUUUUCAAACUUCCUAAGCUCGAUAACAUGGAUAAUCUCCUUCAAUCCUUCUUAGAUCUCUCCGAUUCAUCCGAUUCCUUCUCCUUGGAUAUGUCAUUCGAUCGACUAAUUCAGUCUAGGGAGUGCGAUGCAGAUCAGAAUGAAUUGAUCGAACGUGCUAUGCGUUUAGGCAAUGUUCUUCUUGAAGCUGGUAAAAGAUCCGCUAGGAAACGUGCCUCUGUUCAUAACUCUCUUGUUUGGGCCCUUCCUUCUGAUCUCACUAUCAAGAUAUUCUCAAUGUUGGACACUCAAAGCGUGUGUUAUGCUUCAGCAACAUGCUCUUUCUUUCACAAGUGUGCCAUGGAUCCUUUGUGCUAUGCUAAUAUUGAUUUGACUACUGUUGUCCCUAAAGUCAGUAACGUUGUUGUUUCUACUAUGAUUCAACGAGCUGGAAUUCUACUUCAGUCUCUUAAACUUGGCAUAGUGCCUAGCCCAACUGCUUCUUAUAGCGUAUGCCAACCGUGGGUCUAUACAAUCAGGAACCCAAUAGAUGCUUCUGGUUUCUCGUGGAAUGAUAAGAGAUCUAGACAAGGAAGAGAGACAUCAAUUCUAACUCGUUCAUGCUUGAUCUCUUUGAGCGCAGAAAAUGGCACUCCUGGGGCUCUUUUGAAGACUUUGCACCUGUACAACAUUGAAAGAAUGGAUAAUCUUGCACUUUGUACUGCUCUGGAAGCCUGCCCUUCCAUCCGAGACUUGGAAAUUGUUGGCCUGCAUGUUGAAUUGAGGCAAACAUUGGAUUCUGUUAGCAAGAAUUGUCAAUUGGUAGAGCGUUUGUUUUUCGAAUCUUCAAAAACAGGAAGAGAUGAUAGUUUGAAAGGACCUAUAUGCUCUGAUCUAAUUAAUAACUGUCCUCAUCUUACAUCAUUAGCACUUCGAGGAUUUAAGCUGCAUGAUCAAAUCUGUGGUCGACUUCUUAAGGGUUUACGCAAACUGAAAUUCCUUGACUUCUCAACUUCCUACUCAAUUACUGGCCAAUUUUUGAGGAUUGGAAGCUGCGCCCGUCGAAGCCCUCUGGAGGUUUUGGUUUUGCGCGACUGUAUGAAUCUCAGAGAAGCUGAAGUUGGGCACUUCGCCAAAGCCCUUCUUUCUGGGGACUAUAAGUUCCUCAACCAUCUUGACAUAUCCAACCGAGAAGGAUUAGCUCGCGAAGGUGACUGGUAUAAUAGGUGCUACAGCACGAGCUUUAUUCCCAUUAAACGACUUUUAGAAGAAAGGCCGGGUUUCUGCUUCCAGGCCGAGUUCCCCCCAGAAGGAAGUUUUGUGGAGAUUGAACAAAUGAUCGGUAUGGAGGCAUACAACAGUGAUUUCAGCUUGUCUUCUGGACCGAAAAGUCAAGAAUCAGACGGGUCAACUUCGAUGAGUUUCACCGAGAGCAGCUAUAACAGCGAUCAGAGUAGUGGGAAUGAAGAUAACAGAGACUCCAUGAUUUACGACGAAAGUUCAGAUGAUGUUGUCUGAGAGUUUUUUGUAUUUUGUUUUUGUGGAAGAAGUUGAGAUCAUGAAUGGGAUGGAUUAAUGUUGUUGAUCUAAGAAUUCAUAGACUUAUGGUUAAUCACUUAUCCAGUGACCAUUUUAUGAA